AUGUCGUCUACCCUUUUAGUGCUCUAUGUUCUCAUGUGUCUUAUUGUCUGCAUCUCCUUUGCGUUGCCAAACCUCAACAAGAUCAUCAGCUACAAAUAUAACCCUAAAACCAAAGACACUGAGUACUUCAAGAAGCAAAAGGAGCAGGAGGAUUUUAAAAAGAACAACAACCAGGUGAAGUACGAAGGGUACAUGCCUGUGGACCAGGUCAUGGACAAGAAGAAGGAAACAGAAGAAGCCAUCGCGUCUGGUUCGCUCAAGAGCAAAAUCAGAGACGCUGCUCACGCUACCGUGAAGGACAUCCCGGUCCUGGUCAGCGUUAACGGCUUGAAACAAAGAACGUCUAACAAGAAGGUUCACGGACUUGUUGCCACUGACAGAGACCCAAACGCCUUUGACUUUGAUAUCUCCGAGUUGUCUGACUAA